AUGGAAUGGCAAGUUGCCAAAGUCGUUGCACUAGUCCGUGAUUUGGCCACAGAAGUAUCACGUCGUUCAGCGUCAGUGCGAGAUCUGGAGCUUCAUUUGCAACUGGAAUCAGGGGUCUGCUUUUCAGCAUUCGCUCUACCUCGGUAA